AGCUGCCGUCCUGAGCCUCCGUUUGCGGUGCGACAGCUCCUCCAGGACCGGCCCCCGCGCGCGUGCCGUACGUGCCAGGGACGACGCCGGGCGGCCGAUGGAGUUCACGUCGUCCUACUUCCACGCCUUCGGCAACCCCGACCUCGCGGCGGUGGUCUCCGGCGACGGCGGCAGCGCGCAGGCCCACCGGCCGCGCCGCUCCACCGACGGCGCGAAGGCGGAGGACGGCAGGAGCCCCACCACCACAACGGCGAGGCGCGCGCCGUCCAUGUUCUGCGUCCCCGACACGGAGGCGGAGGAGCCCAACGGCUUCCUGGACGAGUGCACCCUCUGCCGCAAGGCGCUCUGCGGCGACAUCUUCAUGUACAGAGGGGACACGCCAUUCUGCAGCGACGAUUGCAGGAGGGAGCAGAUCGACAUGGACCGCAUAAGGCACCGGAGGAAGAAGCAGCAGGCCCUCAUAGCGCAGCAGCAGCAGCAGCAGCAGGCGGCGGCAGCGGCGGCGAUGGCGCAGAGGGACCGACGUACCCAGCGGCAGCUUCAGCCACAGCACUAGACGGAGCUCACGGAAGCUUCAUAUACACCGGUUCCGGGCUCGUCCCAAGUCCCAACGUACCCAGCAGGGAUGGCGGAUGGAUUCUUGCACGUUCCUAGUACUAGGCAAGGAUUCUCCUCGCAAGGACCAAGUAGCCACGACCUUUCUUUGCGUUUGUAUCGUCCGACGCGAAACAACGUAGUGAGCGGAGGUUUUCCGAGGCUAUUGCAAUGACUAAAUGAGCAAUGCAAGCCUUACUCGUUUUUUGUUUUGAUUAUUCCUGAUUAAAACUGGGGCCGUCGGAGACGCUAUGGGCCAGUUUGGCAACCC